AUGAACGGGCUGAGAAGUGGCGGAAUCGGACGGUCGGAGCGGAAUGCGGGCUUCGAUUCUCCUGAGUCAAGGUUCUUGAAGGGAUUUUUUUUACAAGCAACUGUAAAGCCGGCAUUAUUGCACAGUUCUACGCGCCAUACUGUUGAAAUGAAGGAGCGGCAGGACUUCGGGGCUUCAAGUCUGCACACAGGCACAGCGAGCGCCUUGGAUCAUGAAGAUGAAGAUGCGAGUUCGAGGACUGGCUUCUUUGACUCGCCACUCUCUCAGUACAAUCUGGGUUUUGCGAAUUCUACACCCGGUCGGUACACGCUUGCUUUGGCAAUGCAUGCGGAUUUAGGGAGUCCUCCGAAUGUGAAUGAGUAUUCAGGGCCUUCGUAUACGAGUAGAUUGAUCUGGGAAGCCAACCGAGAUGAUCUAGUUGGGUUCAAUGCCAGUCUCACCCUUGAAGCUGAUGGGGAUCUUGUGCUCCGAGACACAGAUGGAAGAUUUAUUUUCAAACCAGGAAUGAAGCUGCAAAGUCGAAUGAGCCUGAGUAAUUCAUCUUUGGGAGUUUACUCGCUGGUCAUGGAACCUGUUCUCCAUGGAAACGGACCUGGACUAUUUCUCGAUCUGGGGCUGACCAACGUUUCUGCGGCUGCCAACGUGAAGUCCCAAACUUACAGCUUAAAUACAACACGCACUUUGCGAUUGAAGAACUCCAACACUGUGAAUCAAUCCUUUAUGCGACUUGAACCUGAUGGAAAUCUGCGGGCUUACACGCUAGGGUCCAUGUAUCGGUGGGAGGAUCCGCCUUACCAGCUGUUCGAUGACUCCUGCUCGCUACCUCAGAAGUGCCAGCCUUUUGGGAUUUGUUCCAACGGGGAUUGUGUAGGAUAUUUAAAACCAGACAGCACAAAAGCAGCUUGGAGUAACACAUGCACUGCUCCUCGGGUUGACUCUUGUACAGACGUUCAGUCUCUCGAUUUUCUUUCGGUCUCAGUUGCAGAGUAUUUUUCCAGCAGGUACUUGAAUUCUUCAGUCACAAGUUUCGAGGAUUGCAAGAGCAGGUGCUUGCAGAACUGCUCCUGUUCAGCUUUCUUCUAUUGGAACAAGUCUAGCUCGUGCUUCAUGACCAAUAAUGUCAACACUCUCCAGACAGUUUCCAAUCAAAGUCAUGUUGCAUACAUCAAGGCAAUAGUAGUUGAACAAGGCAGUUCUGGUCUCUCAGCUGGUGCUAUUGCUGGAACAGUGGUUGGCAGCUUGUUCCUGAUGCUGCAAGUCCUAGGUACCGGUGGUUUUGGUGGUGUGUACGAAGGUGUCCUGCCCGAUGGUAGGAAAGUUGCUGUGAAGCAACUGGAAAGUACAGGACAGGGGAAGAAGGAAUUCUAUGCGGAAGUUUCCAUCCUAGGGACAAUUCAUCACUGGAAUCUGGUGAAACUGCUUGGUUUUUGCUCAGAGGGCCUAAACAAGCUUCUGGUUUAUGAGCACAUGGAGAAUAGUUCUUUGGACAAGUGGAUCUAUCAAGAUUGUGUCGAAUAG